AUGGUAUAUUCAUUCCUAAGAAACAUCAAAUAUUGUUAUGAAUCUUCAGAAGAACUUCCCUGUGGACAUCUACAGGGCGGUUGCGGAUCAUUGAAGUGUCCGCACGGAGCAGCCUGCGAAAACAUGCUGGACAACGACUACCACUUCUACAUUGCCUUCGAAAACUCAAUUUGUAAGGAUUAUAUCACCGAGAAGCUCUGGAAUCAAGGAUAUCAACGAGAUAUUGUGCCUUUGGUGCUGAAGCGAUCAGUAGUGGAGCCGUUUGUCCCUCCGAAUUCAUUCAUAGCUGCUGACGAUUUCAACAGCACAGAAGACAUGGCCACGUAUCUCCAUUACCUGAUGAUGAACAAAACUGCUUACGCGGAAUACUUUUCUUGGAGGCGAGAAUAUAAAGUUGUUUUCUUGAACGGGAAAUCUCACGAUGCAACAGAGCGUCCAUGGGGCUUCUGCCAGGUCUGUCGACUUCUAUGGCAAAAGCCACGACCAACAUUCUCCAUCAGAGAUUUCACGACAUGGUGGGAUCGAUCAUGUGAGAAUGACGGCGCAUUAGUUGACCGUCUGCUUCAACAUAGAUCAGUGCCUCCAUCAAGAAACACCUCAUCAAGUACUUCAAUUGUGAAGAAAUGA